UUGGAAUUCAGUUGUGAAUUUUCCUUCGAGUCGUUGUGUUGUAAAUUUUAGUUUCGGUUGUAUUGUGCGGAAUUCGAAAGAAUUGCAGUAAAUAUAAUUACAUAUUUAACCUGUUGUGAAGUGUGCCCGUGAUAAAAUUGCAUUUCAUUGCAAAUAGCUUUUACAUUAGUAAAUUGUGAGCAAUACACAUUUGUGUGGUAAUCGAAAUAAAAGUUAAUUGAAUGGCGACGACGCGGCGCCGAUUUUCUGAAGGUAAAAAUCCGUUGCUGCGCUGCAAAAUUGUCGAAGUUGCGCCGACGCCGACGACCACUUUGCAAGUGUGAAAGAGAUGCAGAGACAUAUAAGAGUUUGUCCGUUGUUUAACGCGUUAAAGUCUGGAAUUCCAAAAGAAACGAAAAUCUGCAAGAAAAAAUAAAAUAAACAACGUAAAGGAAAUAGCAGAAGUUAAUAUAAAAUUUUCAAAACAAAAGCAUUAUAAUUGAAAUACGCAUUGAAUUUCGAAAAAUUGUGUUUAUUAGUGCAAACUAAAGAAUAAAAAGAGAAAAACGAGCCUUAAUUGGAUAUGUGUAAUAAAAUUGCCUGUGAAAAGUAAAAGAUAAACUGUCUGUCCUGAAGUUGCCUGGAUGCUGGUAUUUUAGAAAAUCGUAACACCCAAGUGUUUCUCGUAAAGGUGUCCAGAUGCACGGAGCCUAUCGGUGCGCAAGAUUUUAGAAGCUAAGUAAAGAAUGACACACGAUAGAAAAAUGCUUGACCGAGAAGCCGUACGCUCUGUCAUCCAGCAAUGGAAUGCGAAUCGUUUGGAUUUGUUCGCUUUAUCCGAACCUGACGAAAAUCUUUUAUUUCAUGGCGUUAUGCGUUUUUAUUUCCAAGAUGCUGGACAAAAAGUGGCAACUAAGUGCAUUCGUGUUGCCUCUGACGCAACAGUCUCAGAUGUUAUUGAUACCCUUAUCGAGAAAUUCCGUCCCGAUAUGCGUAUGCUCUCAGUGCCAAAUUACGCUCUCUAUGAGGUGCAUGCAAAUGGCGAAGAGCGGCGUUUGAACCCUGACGAAAAGCCAUUGCUUGUACAAUUAAAUUGGCAUAUUGAUGAUCGUGAGGGUCGGUUCUUGUUAAAGAACAUCGACCAAAAAACUACGCCAAUCGAACAGUCAGAUAUGAACUUUAAGCGGAAACUGUCUAAACGCGAAAAGAAGGAACAAAAAAAGAAAGAAAAAUUGGCAAAGUUGAACUCUGAAUCGACAGCUGGCGGCUUCAACGGUGGCAUGGCCAACGGCGGAAUAGAGGGUGAAACUCAGGUGGCUGGCAAACUUUAUACUGAACUACCGGAGACAUCUUUUACGCGCUCAAUUUCAAAUCCUGAAGCUGUUAUGCGUCGACGACGACAACAAAAGCUUGAAAAGAAGUUGCAACAGUUCCGUUCGCGCGACGGCGGACCUGACACCGGCGGCACAUUGAAGAUUUAUGGCGAGAGUCUUUGCCAAGAUGUCCCGUACAAAACAUUGCUGCUAUCAAUACGCGACUGUGCGCAAGCAGUCGUCAGGGAAAUGCUAUCGAAAUAUGGUUUGGACAAAGCUGAUCCCUUACACUAUUGUUUGGUGCAGGUGAACAGUGAUGGCACAGAGUAUAUACUGGACGAUGAUGAGUGCCCACUAUCGAUACUGAUGAAUCACCCAACAUCGCGAGGUUCUAUUAUGUUCCACGUGAGGCGGCGUCCGGCGGACUCUCAACCACGUCGACGCAAGAAAAAACCGCUAGGUGCUUCAAAUGGCGCCAACAGCAUAGCCAGCGAUCGAGAGGGUGCAGUCUUGGUGGAAGUCACACAUAGCGGAGAUGGAGGACGUCGCAUUAAAUUGGGGAGUGACCCAAUCGAGGUUGGUUCUGCAAACACGAACUCGUUGCAGUUGUUUGGUCCAUCGAUACAAGCCCGCCAUUGUCUGAUUUCACUACUGGAGGGUGUUUGCACAGUGACGCCAUUGCACACUGAUGCAUUAACCUUUGUCAAUGGCCACCACAUAACACAACCAACAAUUUUGCAUAACGGCUCUGUCGUGAUGUUUGGACGUGUGGCCUCAUACAGAUUUUUGGACUCACCAACCGACGGACGCUACAACCUCGCUUUGUCGCAAUCACAGCUGGACUCAGCCUGUCUUUACGAAAGUCGUUCACCAACUUCGCCCGGCUCCUGGAACGAUGAUGACGGCGCAUUAAACUCAGCAAACAAGAACGAAAGUGGUGGCACCAGCAACAAUAGCGGAAAUGGCAGCGGAGGUGGAGGUAUGAGCGUCACAGAACAAUCGUUAGGUAUGCGGGAUCAAGAAGAAAACAAAAUGCGCUCAGCUGAUCCUCUCAGUCACACUAGCAGCGCGGCCUUCGACGGCCAAAGUAUUGAGGGUAAUUUGGAAAAUGAAACCAAAUCCAUUUCAAGCUUAAAGUCGGGCGGCUCCAAUAGCCAAGAAAGAUCCCCGAAAAUGACCGGUAGUUCGGAGAAUCAAGGCCAGGAGGCAAUUCUACCCGCCGUCUUAGAAUUUCCUGAAACUCAUCAGGAAUUAUUCCUUAGACACAUCAUAGGCGAAUUGGAUGUGAAUGCGCCGCAUUUCAAGCUGGCGCCAGUGUACUCUCUGUAUUUAUGUGCCAGAUAUCGUGCAUCGACCCACUAUCGUCCCGAACUACAGCCCACAGAACGAGCCCACAAAUUGACAAUAUUUCUGCAUCAUGUGGCCAAUUUGAUUUACACCGUUGUACAGGAACAAUAUUCGGAUCCACGCAUUCUGGCUUUUUGGAUGGCCAAUAGCUCGGAGUUCUUACACUUCCUGAAAUCGGAUCGUCAUAUUAGUGCGUUUAGCGUUCAAGCUCAAGAAGUACUAGCCGAGAGCGUGCAAACUGCGUUUCGAAAUUUGGUGAAUUGUUUCCGUUUGGAAUUGUCGCAGACCUUGAAUCAGUUUCUCUCGGAAACCAUCGAUCACGACUCGGCUGCGGGACUAGUACUCACUGUACUGGGAUCCGCAAUGGCUUUGCUGCGCCGUUGCCGCGUUAAUGCUGCACUAACAAUUCAACUUUUUAGCCAGCUUUUCCAUUACAUCAACGUGAUUUGCUUUAAUACGAUUGUGGCCAAUUCUCACAUGUGCACAGCGGAAUGGGGGAAGGUUAUGUCAGAACGCCUCCAACUUUUGGAGUUAUGGGCUGAACGUCAAGGACUGGAACUGGCGGCUGACUGUCACCUGGCAAAGAUCAACCAGUGUGCACAGUUUCUCCAAGCACCCAAAUCGUCCGUGGAAGAGAUACAACAAUUGGCUUGUUCCUGCUUCCGUUUGAACUCUUUGCAAAUGUCUGCAUUGCUGCAGCAAGAAAAGAUACCAAGAAAUUUAGUAGAUACUGCAAUAAGAAUGGCCGAGUCGGUGGCGGACGAGCUUACGCGUUCGGACGGUCGAGAGGUGCGCUUGGAAGAAUCGCCAGAAUUGCAUUUAGCUUUGCUGUUACCCGAUGAUGGCUUUAGUUGUGAUGUUGUACGUGGCAUUCCGUCCGGUUUGGUGGAUUUUUUGAAUCCACUACAACAACAAGGCAUGUGUCGACUGGCUGCGCAGCCAACUUCAAUUGGUUUGUGGACUGUCUACAUGCACCAAUUCAAUGCCCGUUCUUCAAGCGCCAUGUCCAAUAAAUUGCCGCAACCUGAGGUACAGGUAAUAAAGCUGCACAAGAACGCCAACGGCAUGGGCUUGUCAAUAGUAGCAGCGAAAGGCGCAGGCCAGGAGCGUUUAGGCAUAUAUAUCAAGAGUGUUGUGCCUGGCGGCGCGGCUGAUGCCGACGGUCGUUUGCAAGCAGGAGAUCAGCUCUUACGCGUUGACGGCCAGAGCUUGAUUGGCAUAACUCAAGAAAAAGCGGCUGAUUACCUGGUUCGCACUGGUCCUAUAGUCACUUUGGAGGUGGCUAAACAAGGCGCCAUUUAUCACGGUUUAGCCACUUUACUACAACAACCAAGCCCGGUCAUAGCGCGCGGUAACCGCCGCAUGUCUGAACGUGACCUUUCAAGAAUGGGCGUAGCCGAUUCCAAAAAUGUUGGCCCUCUCAUACCCAAUAAUCAUUUAUCAAAUAGUAAAUCAGUACCAGCACUACACCAUCACACCGGAAGUGGUACUAUUUCCAUGAAUGCUUCGAAAUCACGCAGCACCCACAGCCUCAUCACCAAUCCCAACAGCAACUUCACUGGCGGCGUCAACAGCCUAAACAACAACGAGCAGGGCUUCUAUCAGAACUUAAGCGUUUACCGUGCACAAAAUCAAAGUCAACCGAUUUUAGCCGAAAGACCGUCAAUGUCGCUUCAUUCCGCAAUGAGCACCCACAAUGGAAACUCCUCCAACAACGGACCAAAUCCAAUACUGUCACCAGCAAAUGGAACCACGUCAAUGCACCACCCAGCAUUUACAUCGCAACAACAACAGCAACUGCAACACUCAUCAAUAACUUCCCCAACAGGGUCUAACAACAUGCCACCGACCCGCCCAGCGUCCGCAUAUUAUCACAAUGCCAACACAGUGCCAUCGACAAACAACAAUCAACUGCAACAGAGCUUGGCAGCACAACAACAACAGCAAUUUAUGCACCACCCACACAAUAUGAGUGCAAGCAGCAGCAAUUUGAACAGUGGCAACAUGACAGCAGCCACCCUUCAGCAGUACCAGCAGCAGCAGCAACAACAACAACAUCAUUUGUCACAAAUGCCGCCACAUUCCUCAUUGACGAUGGGAAACCGAUCGAGAAGCACACAAAAUUUCAAUCGCGAUAUGCAAAAUCAGCAUAGCCUGCGUAUGCAACAAAUGAUGGCGCCGUCAAUGCCGAACAUCAGUGGUUUAUACCAACAACAACACAUGUCAGCCAGUCAGAGCAUGCAGAAUGUAAAUAUGAGCGGAGUGGACACAGGUAUUGCGUAUCAAAAUGGCGGCGGAGCUGAUACUUUUAUGCCACAGCCGCAUCAACAACAACAACAGCAGCAGCAGCACUCACCAGCUGGUCAAACACUUCGUCGCAAUCCACGUCACGAGUUAAUGUCGCAGGCUGGCGGUGAAGGUGCGCAACAUUCGCCCAACCCAAUGCAACAGCAAAACUUUGUAUCGUUGCCGCCGAAACCGGGUAGCAUGCAACAAGUGUCCCCGAUGAAGCAACAGCAGCAGGCCCAACAACUGCCUCCCACAGCACCGAAACCACACCCAAAUCGCUUGCAACAACAGCAGUAUAUGCAGCACCAACUACAACAACAACAAGGUCAUCAGCAGCACCAUCCGACGUACCAGCAGAGCCUUGAGGAUAAACCUCCACUGCCGCCAACAGCGACACAUCCACUUUUCAAACCCACGCAGCAGAUAACACCGGGCAUGAAUUAUGUUGCCAGCUCCAUAGAUCCACCCAAAGGUGGUUAUGUGCCAGUGUCAUCCACAGUAGCGGCACAAAACCAGAAAAACUUCAUGGGUACCAAUCCGUGGGAACGUGAGGAGCGUGAAAAGGAGGUUGAAAUUCGACGGGAGCAUAUACGUCAAUGGCGAGAGCAACAAAUAGCCGAACUCUCGUCCUUACCACAAAGAACACCGCAACAAGAAGAACAGUUAAAGACUUUAAUUCUGGAACGUGAUUUUGAAAGGCGCGCGCAGGAGGUAGAAGAACAUGAGGAUGAGAGUGAAACUUCGUAUGAAAAAGAAAAUUUGCAAGAAGCUUACCGCCUACAAACAAGCUCUUUACAAAAUCCGCUGGUGAUUUUCAGACAAACAGAAAUUAAAAAUUCAACCCUCUCCGACAAUGUAGUAGGUGGUUCUAAUAGCGCCUCCGGAUCUUUAGACGCAUCGCCGUUAUCAUCAGCGCGCAAUUCAGCAGCUGGUGGAUCAGAUGUGGCACCGGUUCAACAACAACAACAGCCACCACCUUUGCCGAACAAUCCACCCCCACCGGUUGGAGGCAAUGCGACAACCGUGGUGCAACCUAAAAGUAUUUUGAAGAACAACCGUUAUGAUAGCGGCAACGGUACGGCACCAUCAUCGCCAUCCAAAUCGCAAAAAUCCACGAGUUUCGCAGACGAUAGACAUUUACAAACUGAGCACCCCAUUUCAAGUUUGGCCAAGGAUAUUUCGCAAUUGUCAGUAAAUAGCCUAGGUUCUACUGGCGGCCUCGCAUCCACCUCGGGCGCUGGCACCUCUCCACCACACAAUGCCAGUGUAGACAAUUCAGCAGUUCCACCGCCUCCACCACCAGAACGGAACAGCUCGUAUCUCAUAAUGUCACAACAAAAAUUACGCAACUCUUCCAUCGGACUACUAAAGACCGCCACAAGCAAUUCCGCUGAUUUGCUCAAUCAGAAUCAGAACUUGGUGAAGAAGGCUAAUAUGAUGAAUAACAAUGCUAUAAUCAAUAAUAAUAAUAACAACAACAACAGCUUGAAUUCGCCCACAUCAGCAGUGGCUGCGAACAGCACGGCGGUGACCAGCAACAAUAUGACUCAAAUUUCCACACCGGAACUGUCGCCAUCAGGCUACCUGAGCAGCAGCACCAGUAGCAACAUGUUGUUGCGGGAUAAUAAGCGUGUCUCAUUCCAUGACGAGGAGAACAACUACACGGGCGGUUCGCAGUUGUAUGGAGCAAGCGGCACAGGGUCGUCUUCCGACAUGUACGCAACAAAUGUCGACAACCAAAUGCCUCUAGACCUGGAUGCCAUACUAGAGGAUAGGAACCAUCGCGCGCGUAUGUUCGACAACACGGUCUUAGAAGCAAUGCCAACUUCACCGGAUUCUAUUCUCUGGAAUACAACAGUGCAAUCCACUCCAGGUGUUAUUGGGGCACAAGAAGUAUACAGGGAUCCCCGCCAACGACGACUUGCCGAAAAACAGCAGCAACAGCAGCAACGCAGUACCGAAGCUGUCCCAGAGAAAUUGUCGUUCAAAGAGAAAAUGAAAAUGUUUGCCUUAGAAUCGGGAGAGGACAACACGCCUAAAGACAAACUGAAAAUCUCACGAGCACAACGAGACAUCGACGCUGUACACUGACUUACAAGCCCCUAACACCACUCAUACACCAACAAAUGUACACAACACUAGAAUAUGCUUAAGUAAAAGAAAACCAAUAAUAACAAUAAAAAAACGAAUUUGCUAAGCAAGGCAAUAAUUUAUAAUAUUAUGUAAUAAAUAAACGCAGAGUAAAUAUUUAACCGAAGAAGCAGACGAAUGUGAAAUUGAAUUCCUUUUGAAUGAAGAAAGAAACAAUAUGUUUAUUUAGUUUUAGUUCUUUAACCUUGUACACAACAAACAUUUAGUAGUGCAUUCGUAUAUAAUAAAAAAUCAUAAUUAUUAUUGUGCAUUAAGUGAAAUGUAAAGUAUUUUAAUUGAGUAGUCGAUACUAAGAAAAAGUUAAUUCAAUAAUUUUUCGUAUGCGUAGUUAUUAGCUUAAGAUCGAUAAAGUAUGAAAUGCAAAUGAAUUUGACACUCGAAAUAUUUACCUACAAACUUUUAUUGAAAAUAGGCAAUAUCCCUUACCACGAACAUAUGUAUGUUUAUUCGUUUCGAAACUGAAGCAGUGAACUCAAGCGACAACAAACGUACUUUUUUAUAACUAAAUUUAUUAAAAAUAAUUAUUGUCAUAUUAUACACCGUACGACAGCUUGCGUAAAUGUCAGUAAUAAUGCAAAUAUAACUCAACAUAUAUUUUAUAUCCGUUAUUGAAAGUGUAUAUUUUCGCAAGCUGAAAACCCAGAAAUGCAUUAACAAAUACAAAAAAGGAACUCGAAACGGGUUUCUUUUCGAUGAACUAUGGCUUUAAUGAAGAAAUCAUGAAAGAGGGAACUUAUUAUGAAAUUUAUUGAUUGUAAAAAAAACUUCUAACAACAAAAGUAAUAUAUUUAUAUAUACAUAUUUUAGUGAUGUGUGUAAAAAUCGCAAUGCUAAAUUGUUAUAUUCGAAUAAGUCACUAAAAACACAUAUGAAUUUACAAUAUAUAGAUAAAAUUAAUUAACGUGCAUUCCAAACUCGUUCUCUGUACUAAGAAGCUUGUAUAAGGAAUUUUGAAGUCAACUGCAAUGCAACUCUAAUUGAAGAUUUCGUUUAUUGAAAUUAAAAUGUCCAAACCAUUUAUGUAUACAUUUUGUAAUAAGUAUUCCGGUAGUUACACGUAAGCUUGAAAAGUUCAAACAUGAACACUAUGUUAAUAACAUUAAAAUAAAUCAAAAUAUAUAAUAUUUCACAAGAAAACUUAUAA